UGGCCUCAGCAUCCUAUUGCCCUCCCACCCUCCCCUGCUUUUCUCUCAGCUCUGUCUGAGCACAGAAACCCAGUGAGGAAACUGCUUUGGACUCAAGCAACACUUUAUGUCCUCAUCACAAUUUGCAUUUAAAUACUAAAAGCAGAAGGCUGGAGGUACAGGGGCAGGACAAUGCAUCUUUUUGUGCUGUGUCUCUUCAGUGUCUGGGGUCUGGGUGCCCCUGAGCACUACCUUGUGGAUGACAUCUGCACAGCAAAGCCCCGGGACAUCCCUGUGAAUCCCAUCUGCAUCUACCGCAACCCCGAGAAGAAGCCCCAGGAAGGAGAGGGGCAAGAGCCAGAGAAAGGGAAACUCCCCAGCUCUACCAAUCCCCGGGUCUGGGAGCUCUCCAGGGCUAAUUCACGCUUUGCUAUUGUCUUCUACAAGUACCUGUCUGAUUCCAAGGACAACGGGGAAAACAUUUUCAUGUCCCCCCUCAGCAUUUCUACAGCCUUUGCCAUGACCAAGCUUGGGGCUUGUGGUAGCACUCUGCAGCAGCUCAUGGAGGUCUUUCGAUUUGACACGAUUUCAGAGAAGACCUCUGAUCAAAUCCACUUCUUCUUUGCUAAGCUGAACUGCCGCCUGUACAAGAAAGCCAACAAAUCCUCAGAGCUGGUGUCAGCCAACCGCCUCUUUGGGGAGAAAUCCUUGGUCUUCAACGAGACUUACCAGAACAUUAGUGAAAUAGUUUAUGGAGCAAAACUCUGGCCCUUGAACUUCAAAGAGAAGCCAGAGCUUUCCAGGAAGAUUAUUAAUGACUGGGUGGCUAAUAAGACAGAGAAGCGCAUUACAGAAGUGAUCCCAGAAGGAGGUAUCGACGAUCUCACUGUCUUGAUCCUGGUCAACACCAUUUAUUUUAAGGGUCACUGGAAAUCCCAGUUCCCAGCUCCAAACACAAAACUGGAUUCCUUUCAUAAAGCAAACGGUGAGACCUGCCAGGUCCCAAUUAUGUACCAAGAGUCCAAAUUCCAUUAUGCAUCCAUCCCUCAGGACAAAGUCCAGGUGCUGGAGUUGCCUUACAAGGGGGAUGAUAUCACAAUGGUGCUGGUCCUGCCCAAUGUUGGGACCCCACUGGUGGACGUGGAACGAGACCUGACAUCGGAGAAGCUGCAGGGCUGGAUUGACUCCAUGAGGGAGCUUUCCCUCUUCGUGUACCUCCCUCGCUUCCGUGUGGAGGACAGCUUCAGUGUCAAGGAAAAGCUGAGAAAAAUGGGACUGGAAGAUCUCUUCAGUCCAGAAAACGCCAGGCUCCCAGGUAUCAUUGCUGAGGGCCGUACAGACCUGUAUGUUUCUGAGGCUUUCCACAAAGCCUUCCUUGAGGUGAAUGAAGAAGGCAGUGAGGCAUCAGCUGCUACAGCUGUCGUCAUCUCCGGCCGUUCCUUCCCCAUGAACAGAGUCAUCUUCAAUGCCAACAGACCCUUCUUGCUCUUCAUCCGGGAAGCUGCCCUCAACACCAUUAUUUUCAUGGGCAGAAUAGCUGAUCCUUGCUGUGUAAACCUGGGCAGAGGGCACCUCACUUGCUCCAUCCUUCAUUCCAAGUUGAAUUUCUUUUUGUGGCACCCUAACAUGAGUCCAGCAUCGCUGUCAUCCUUACAUCCAGUCUUCCUUCUAGACCUCAAACUGUAACUCUGCUCCCCUGGUACAUUAAAAACCUGUAGAGCUGUACAUAACAACCUGAUCUCUGAAUGGACCAGUUUUCAGUAAGUCACUUCCUAGACUUUAAACUUUCCUUUUUCAGUGAACAGGCCCUUUCCUGCUUGCCCCAGUCCCAGCAGCAGAACCCCAGACUGCAGAAGUCAGCAGAACAGCAGCAGCCCAAGUGACCUUCACACCUCUCUGGGCAGAAUGUCUGGUGGGUGACAGAGCUGCUGAACAACAGCCCCUGAUUUGCCAAAAGUUACCUGAAAUGAGCCAGGCUGCUGAAGAGCUGGUGGGAGAUGUUUGGUCUCUAGGUUUGGAAGCAGUCAGAGGUUUGGCAGGAUGAUCUCUGCUGUUCCCCUGUAGGUUUGAGCAUCUGUCUGGUGUUGUGAGUAGGGAGUGGUUUGGACACAGAGAGUCACCUCCUUUGAUGUGUCUCUGGGAUGGUGCAAUCAGUCCCAUCCACAUACAAUCCUUUUUGUGCUGAUGUGCUUGCCUGGAGGAACAACUCAGAAGGAAGCUGUGUGUGCAGUGCAGAAGCUGGGGCUCUGGAGGAAAAGGGGGAAAGUUUUUGAAAUCAUGAUUUCAGAAAGCACCUCUUCCUCUUCCUGUCCUGCUCCAGCACUCAUGGCCAUGUCUUUGCUUGCUGGACCCUGAUCUGCUCUUGUUGUGCAGCUCCAGAAACAAUCAUCUCAUCUGGGGCUGUGGAGAUGAGGUCAGGGAAUGAGGAUGGUGAGGGCAAGGCCUGGGUCUCCCUGCCCUGGUGCUGAACCAAAAUGCUGCCCAAAGGCAUCAGACUCUUGGCUGGCAGUGACUGCAGAAUGAGAGCAAGAAGUGCUGAGCCUGCAGAAGUGAUGAGGCAAAGUUCUUGAAAAAAGGACAGAACUCAUCCAAGAUGGUCAGAAAAAACAGCCUGGCCCCACUCAGCCUCUCCCAUGUUGCCAAAGUUUGGUGGCUCUGGUACUGUGGCAACUUGGGCAGCAAAGAGAAAAUUGGCAUCAGACCACUCAGAGACACAGACAAAGAUCUGAGUAUUAAACCAUUUAAUUCUCAAACCACUCACAUGCAUAAUGUUCUUUUACACAGUGUUAAAAGAAAGAAGAAAAUGUGAUUUGUUGUUUGUUUUUUUUUUUUUUUUGAUACAAACAGAAUUU